CGAACGAGGGCAAGUUUGUUUAGAUGCGCGGUUUAAAUUUUCGUGAUCUGGUUUUUUGUGAUUUAUGGAAGAAUUUCAGCCUUCUUACGCGUGUUCUGCGGCGUGAGGACCCUCGUGAGCGGCUGCUGUAACGCUGGAGCAAACGGUCCAUGAUGGUCCGCCAACGACCAAGGAAGACUUACAUCAGUGCACUCCAGCGUGCAGAGAAGCAAACAGAAGUAGUGGAGGAUGGGGAAGGUGAACAUAAGCGCCGCCGCUACCGCCCCCCUCGACCAAGAUUCAGUGAUUUGUUUGUUAAGAGGGAGAAUAAAGAGGGGAAGUCAUCAAAGGAGAAUGUGAUCCCUUUACAAACUGAAGGAAAGAUGGAAGGUUCCUUUGAGCAGUCACAGAUGAGUCAGACGUUCCGGAGGCUGCUCACUGAUAUCAACUCCUCCACCACCACCUCCGUCCCCUCCUUCAAUGACACCUUUGAUAAAGUCUUUGGCAGGACCAGUUUUGCUGCUAAGCCCCAGGUUCCUCUAAAGAACACAUGUUAUUCCUCCUCUUCAGAAAGUCACCUUGAGGGGAGUGGACCUUUGUUCAAGUCUCUGAUGUCUAAUGCCUCCAGCUUGGUGGCAGACAAGUCAGUAGGGAUGGGCAGAAGUCCCACUAAUAAUAAUAAUGAUGCUCAAACCCAGAUAAAUGGUAAAAGAAUGGCAGGAUGUAAUAAUAAUUAUAAUAAUUAUAAAAAGACUUUUAGUAAAGAAGAGACAAAACCAUUAGUGCGUUCUCCUGAGCUGUUUACCUCCAGAGACAUGUUGUUGCAAGACAGGGCAAAUGAGGAGGAUGUGGACAAAAUAUAUGAAGUUUGUGACAGUUCUCCACAAAGCUCUCCCAGCAGUCCUCCCCCAGCCAAGGUCAGGGCCAGGAGGAAGCAGCUGCCAGUGUACAAACGAAGGGCAACAAGUGCCACAAGAGGAGCUGCAUCAUCAUCGCAUGCAACCAAGAAGAAGACAAAAACAGACUCUUCCAAGGCUGCACCACUGACAGAGCUGCCCACUAGUCACUCCCAUCCACCAAGUGUCCAGCCUUCCCCAUUGGUGCAGCGUUUUUUAAGCUCACAAGGCAUCAUCUGUCCUUCCCCUCGUCAGAGCAUCCCCACAAUCCCACCCCAAGGUAAAAUUUCUGUUAGCCCGUGCCUCUCAGAGAAGCUGAGCAGCAAGAGCAGCAUCCACACCAGCACACCAACAGAGGACAGCAGGCUACUUACUACCUCCUGGAGGGGCAAGCAGUGGAGUGCCUCAGCCUCCCCCUCCCUGGAUAUGAAGCUGUCUCCAGUGCCCAGGGAAGAGGACAUGGUGACAGACAACAGCUCAGUGUUCCGAAGUCCUUCCUUGGCAGUGGAAGUCAGCAGGGAGCAGUUACCGGGGGAACUUCGGGGAAGUCCCACCCUCCCCAGCAAGUACGAGACUUGCACCUCCUCUGAAAGACUUGGCCAAGAAGUCAAUUCCAGCACAUCAAGCCAGGAAUUUGUGACAGGGCAGACUGGUGACAGAGGGAGCAGGUCGCCAAGCUACUACAACAGCUCAAUACAGAUCACACACGGGCCUUUCAAAGGUGCAAGGAUCCCCACUCUCAUCUUUGAUUCUCCUCCACAGGAAGACACUCCUCCCCAGCAGCAGGACAGUCCCUUGCAAGACUCAGGCUCAAAAGCCAACCUACUCAGACUGGAUACCAGCGAAGUGUCACCUGUCAUUAAACAGCGAACCAGACCUCAGAAGGGUGUCAAAAGGAUAGUAAAGUGUUCCAACAACUUUUCCGCAAAGAAGAGCUCCAAGGUCACUCAGAGGGAGAGAAAAACCCCCUCCUGGGUGGCUAAGAGGUUCUCCCCAACAGUCACAAGGAGCAGGUCAAGAUUCCUGGGUCAACUGUCUGACUCAUCACACAACACUGACCAGAGUCACCUUGAGACUACACAAGACCAAAAUGUCAAGUCUGCGGAGAAGGGACUCAAGCGCAGGAGUGGAAACAAAGGGAACGUAUCAGGGAAGAAGUCCAAGGCGUUGGCAGCACACAAAACAGAGAGUACUUUAGACACUGAUUAUGACAAGGAGUCCACCAUGGGCUCACUCCCUCCACUGGAAGAGUUGUCAGUUGCAGAAGACACCCAACCACUGAGACAGACAAGGAGGACAAGUGUGAUCUCAAAGGGUGGCAACAGAGGCCUCAGUGACCUGCCACCCCUACCCAAGAGGUCAAUGAGAUUAUCAAGGAAACUAAACCCUGCUGGAAUUUCAGGUACAAAGAGAUCCACAAGGUUGUCCAGCCUGAUUCACAAGUCACAGGAAAGCAACAUCACCAGAAAGUCAAGGAAGGUAGACCAAGAAGAACCAUCCAUGCAGUUUUCUCUCUCAAACUUCUCUUCCUCUCCUGUCAAGUUCCAACCGAGGGGGAGAAGAAGAAACAACCAGUUCAUUUUCUAUCGUCCAAACUCCUCCCAGAGCACCACCAUCUCCUCAGUCAAUUCCUCAGCUGGGGUGUCCCUCAGCCACCCACCGUUUGACACCCAGCACCCAGACACCUCCCCCAGCGGGCACCUAGCAUUCCAUAGUAGCAGCCAGCACCCAGCAGGAGCAGUGGGGAUGGAGGCCAAAGAAUUGAGUCUUGAGACCUCCAAGCAGACCACAAGGGAAGAGGGUGCAGGUACAGAGUUAGAAAGUACCUGGCUGAGUAGGGUGAGUGGUGGGGGUGGAGAUGAUGAAGCAGGUGCCAGGGAGUGUGUUUUCAAGCAGCCUUUUGUGUUGUUGAGAAAGUUGGAGGAGAGUGACCAGUACAGCAACACCAGUAACAGAAGUGAGAGUGUCCUGCCACCACUGCUGCCCCCACCAGCCAUACCAGCCAAGCCAGGCAAGGGGUGGAGGCGGUCCAUCGCCAUACGAGCAAGAGCUGCAUCACUCAACGCCUUGGAGCAAGUCACAGAUAUGCUGCCCCCAAGGACCCCCAUUUCCAGUGUCCCCGACUCCCCCCGGAAAGCCUCUCGUCUUCGCAUAUUUUCCUUGCCUGUUGAACUGAGCCCAAGACUCCCACCUAUGGAACACACGUGGCUGGACUCCCCUCGGCGAUCGCAAUUGCAGAUGAGCUUCUGCAGCACGACAGGGGAGGCAGCAGCACCGGCGCCUCAUGACCCGAGACAACAAGUACUGGAGCUGUGCAGCCAGAAGGAACUGCUGCCAUUUACACAGUGCUUUACAGACAGUCGCCUGGCCAAUUGCCGCAAGAUAGGUGAAGGGGUAUACGGGGAGGUGUUCAUGACCCAGCCCAACCCUGCCAGCUUGGAGGGUGCCAGGGUGCUCAAGGUCAUGCCCAUCGAGGGGAACUUCCAGGUCAACGGAGAGCCGCAGAAAAAGUUUGAGGAGAUCCUGUCCGAGAUGGUGAUUUCCCUGGAGCUGAGUGGGCUGAGGGCAGCAGAUCGUGAACUCAGCGUUACAGAGAACUUUGUGCAUGUGCAGGCCAGCUGGUGUGUGGUGGGAGCCUACCCACAGGACCUCCUCCACCUAUGGGACCUGUACCAUGAGGAGAAAGGCUCGGAGAAUGACCGGCCUGAUAUCUUCCCGGACACUCAGCUGUAUGUGGUGCUGGAGUUCGGGCACGGAGGACGGGACUUGGAGAGCUUCGUGUUUAAUAAUGCCCGGGACCUCAUGGGUGUCUUCCUCCAGAUCGCCUACAGCCUGGCAGUGGCCGAGGAGGCACUGGAGUUUGAGCACCGAGACCUUCACUGGGGCAACGUUUUAGUGGCCCCCACCUCAGAGGCCAAAAUUGACUUUAAGCUCAGCGGAGAAACUUUUACCCUCAAUACCUAUGGACUGAAGGCCACAGUGAUUGACUUCACCCUGUCGAGGAUCAAACUCCCGAAGUGCAUCGUGUUCAACAACCUUGCCGAGGACCCUUCACUGUUCACCUCAGAAGGAGACUACCAGUUUGAGGUGUAUAGACUGAUGCAGCGCACUAACAGCAAUGACUGGGAGGCAUUCAAGCCAUACACCAAUGUCCUGUGGCUACACUACCUGCUGGUGAAAAUGACCUCCGAGUGCUACAUAAAAAAAGCGAACACCAAAGUGCAUCGCACACACCUUGCACAGCUCUCCAGGAUGAAGGACACCAUGCUUGACUAUGAGAGUGCCUCACACUUCCUCCUCUCCAGGGAAGAAUAGUGUUGUCUUCACUGUCCUCAGCCAUCUUACUCAUCUAUUCUAUCCUUCAACCUUUGCUCAUGGGAUAUUUUUUAUCCUUUGUUAUAAUUAAGGUAGAAUUUUGCAGAUAUGUGCACACAGCUUCACUUUUUUCCAUACAUUAUUUCUUGUUUCCUCCAUAAGUAUGCAAGAUUUUGUUGUGUAAAUCAAUAUGAUCAGCCCUUACUUUUUUUUUUCUAUGCUCACAGGACUUUAUUCAGGAGGUUUUUCUAAGUCCUUCCUUUUUCUUUUUGUGCAUGAGUAUGCAGAAAUUUCAUGUACAAAAUAAUAUCACAAUCUGUGAUUUUAGGUCAUGUACAAAUUUUUAUCACUUGUGGUUUUAAGUUUAAUGAGGUACUCUAAUUUUUACUGGAUUUAAGUGGAUUUUUUAUUAAAAUACAUAAAGCACAGAACUCUGCCUUGUUUUUCUCAGGCAAGACCUUUCUGGGAACUGGUCCCUUGUCCCUCAUGAUAUCUUUGGAGAAGUGUGUCAUGUGUAUCAUUACAAAGUUUUAUGAAAGUUGAUCAUAAGCUAAUGUCAUCCCGUCUUCAUUGUUAUUUCUCUGCCUUUGUUACCUCUUCUUGCAUGGACAUUUUUCAUUUUAGGUCUAAACACACUGCAUUGCUUCUGAGUGCACUCGUGUGUGAGUGGACGUGGACUUUCACUACAAUUCUUCGGUCUCAUUUUUCAUCCUUGUCUUUGUGUUCUCCAUUUGGUGGGACUGCUAACAGUGGCAACUAUUAAUAUAAGAAGUUUCAUUUCACCAUUAUAAAUGCCAUGGACAAGAGAUCUAUGAACAAAAGAAUGAACAGCUUCUUUACAACUGUUUGACAGCAACACAUCAGCUGGAAAGACUUCACCCACUCACUCUGACCAAAAAUCAUCAGGUUUUCAUGCAAAUGCCAUUUGACAUGAAUGGUUUAUAUGAUUUAAAACAAUUUAUAAAGUUGUACAUUAUGAAACUUCCCCUUCACAAACAAGCUAUCAGUUCUGCUUCCUAAUCAGAGGAAAACAAACUCAAAACAGAAAGGAAAUGGUUCACAUAAAGCUUCUUCAUAGAACAAAAAGUACAGUCACUCUUCUGGAGCUAAAUGAAUCACCAAAUAAAAAAGAUAGUUUUCCCUUUAGAAGUGGUUUUCAUGCUGUUGUUUCCAGCAGUUUAUGUCACACUAAACAGCCUUGCCGCCCACUCAGAGACAUGACAGGAUACCACAAAGGAACCAGUACACACACCUCCAUGCAACUGUCAUUAUUAUUUAUUAUCUCAGAACUGACAUCUUGUUCAUGACUGAACACUACAACUCUUGAUAACAGCAUGUUUCAUGGUGUCCCUGAUGCUGUCAAUAAUAUAUGAACAGGCACAGUCAGGGCUCCCAUCACACACUAUUACAGCCUCUUAGGAUAUAAGCUCAUUAGCAAGUUCUUUCUAUUAACAGGAAUAAGAUUUGGUGAUGUUAGUGCUUAUCACUUCAAUAGUGCAAACAUUUGUGUGUCACAUGUGGAGAAUGAAAAACUGAUUCUGAGCCUACCUACCAUGAAUCUACCAAGAAAGUGGACAGACAUGUGUGUGUUUUAAGUGUAUACAUGAAUAAUGUCAAGACUAACUUCUCAACAGGCACUUAUAAAUUUCAAAUGAGUCCACCAUAAUCUGUUGUGUUGAUAAGUGCUGAUUCUGUUACAAUUAUAUUACAUGAUAUCCUACUGCUAAGAGGCUUUAAUAAUGUAUCCUGGGACUCCUCUUUCCAACUAUGCAUUUUAAGCUCAGGGGAAAAACAGAUCUAAAUCUCUUUAGUAAAACUCUUGACACUCCUUUCAACAAUCUAACACUCCUCACAGUUAGCAAAGAUCUAUAACUAAACAGUAAGUUAAUGUAUUUUCCUUUAUCACAUCUAUGGAUUUCCUUAAAAGUAUCACUGUGGUUGUGAAAGAUGGGCAGACUGCCUUCUGAGUUUGACCUUGUGCUAUGUUCAAUAUUAUAGCGAGUGAGUGUGCUUGCAGAGAAGAGGAUCAGAGUCUCGAAACAGUAAGAACCACAACUCCAAGCAGCACACGAGGCAUAGUGACCAUCUCUGGCAAUAAUCCGAGGCUCAUGAAGAGACCAUUGCAGGUAAAACUACCUAUGUGGCUUCAGUGAAUGUACUACACCUGAGUGUGCCGUGUACUGUGACAAUCGUGUAUCUAAUCACAUUCUGCUGUAGUCUGUCUUUGUGAACAGAACUUAAGCUCCUUUCCCUUAAGAUAUACAUCAUUAGUUAUAAACACCUUGGAUCCCUGUUCACCGCCUUAUAUUUAUUUGAUUUGUAAUUGUUCGGGGAAAGAAUGCACUCAAAUUGGUGGUUGCUGCAUGGAGCGCGGUGAAGCUUAACUUAAACCUGGACAGACGGAAUAAAGUUACAGUGGAGCCAUUAAGUUGUAAGGGUGAGGACAGCCACUUAGCCCUGAGUGCUUCACAAGGCUAUGAGGUGAAGGGAAGGGAGAGAAGAGGCAGCAGCAGCAGCAGCAUCUAGGUUGAAGUGCGAGGCAAUACUGACAAAGGGUGCCCAGAACCUUCAGUACAGGGAUGUGUGCUCCCUCCAACCACAGACCACAGCAAAGUCCACAAUAACACAAAGAUACCUGGUAGAUUCAAGGAGUACAGUUCCAAUUAAAGAAUAGGUUACAUGUGGGUGGAGGCCUUGGUGUAGAUGAUGUAACAGAAUAAAUGUCACCGCAUAAAGAUAAAGUAGUGGGUAGUGGAGUAAAUGCUCUCAUCAUGCAAUCUACUUAUGCCAGGAAGGUGAAGGAAAAUCACAACUGUUCAAAGGAAAAGUAAGAAUGAAUACAGUAGUUACAGGGGUAUAAAUUUACUGUCUUCUUACUCAUCAAAAAUAGGGUUGUGGAAUUAGGGAUGUGAGGGUAUGCAUAGCUAUACUGAGGUGCUAGAAAAGAGCAUACAAGCCAAAAAGAUGGAAGGACAAGAGCAAUGGAAAUGUAAGUGUGAGGUGCACAUAUCUGGAAUUAGUUCAGUAUGAGAGAUAAAGGUGCUGUGUGUGGGAGGAGUGUAAUGAACAGAAAGUAAUAUGUCAAGUGAAAGAAUUAGAUAAAAGUACAGGGUAACUGGAAGACUGGUAAGAGCAGAGGAAUUAAUGAGAGAACGUUGGGGGAAGAAGGGAUUGAUCUUGGAACAGAGCUAGACACUUUGCUGCGACCAAUUUCUGUUAGGCAAGUUACAGGAAGGUACGAUAAAUAGAUAGAAUAACAUAUGACAAUCUAGCAUGGAGUCACAUGAUUUAUACCAAGACAUUACUGAAGGACAAAUUAGUAUGUGAACCUAUGAGCCAACACUACAGACAUCUUCUCUCACCCAAAACAUCACAUCUGUGGAGAUACACUCCUGUGAGACAAUCUUAAUUCCCGACAGCUCCAGAAAUAACCCUAGUCUAAGCCAAUAUGAAGACACUUCAAUGUAUAUGAGGACAAAUCAAGUCCCAGUAUCCCCCUCUUUUAUAGGCAGUAGAGACCCCAAGGCUAAAUUACUGUGGCCCUAAGUCAUUGCAGGAAGAUGGCCACCCUACUGUAGACUUGUGAUGACAACAGUGGAAGCGAGGGUUUUAUCACUCAUUCACUACCAAGCUCAUGGCCAGAUCCUGAAGCCUUGAUGCUCUCAACACCUCCCUUCAGCUUUGCCACAAGAGCUCUGCUGCUACAAUUAACCACAGUAAUUACAAAUGCUACAUAAUAUAUAUAGGUAUAUAUGUAUGCCUAUGCAGAGCCCCCCUAAGCCAUCACCACUAGCACUGUGCUUCUGCCUAUAUAAUUUACCUUAUCAGUGGUCAAAAAGCAAGAAUAAUAUCAACUGACAGGAGAUAUUUCAUACUAUUAACAUACCACUAUUGCUACACCUAAUACUACUCCCAUAAUUUCUACACUCCUAUCACUAUUGCUCGACUGCUGAGUAUCAACAGUUUGGUGUUUCUAGUAGUAGUAGAGAGAGCACAAACUCCAACACUUGCAUAUGAGCUGAAUGCCAUCACAAACUGGUCCCAUCACACACAACUUAAUAUUUACUAUCUGUACCUGUGCACAAGUUUCACUGAUUGACAACCUGGCAUAUCAUCUGUGCAAGCUUUAUGCAAAUAACAUUUCUAUCCACCAUAUGGAAGUUUCCAAUAUGAAGCUACAAUGGUUGCAGAGGACAUGAGCCAUUUCCUGUAUGGUUUACUUCUGUGACUACUACACAUUGGCCUUCACUAACACAAAUCUGGUGUUGUGUAUUCCAUUCAUGUGCUUCAUUCUACACUGGCCUCCACAAAUGCUUAUCUAAUGCAUUUGUGUAGUUCACUGCAUUUUACUGCAUUUCAUGAUGCUUUUAAGUAUCUUUCAUCCACUAUGAUUUUAUCCUAAAUCAAUUACUACCAUUGAUUUGGGUAAGGUGGCCAAGAGCAGUAUCUUUAUAGUAUUUGCUGUCCCGUGUAUGUUCAAGUAAAAUGUGUUUACCAGCUGACCCUGACCAAGAAAUUCUCACCCUGAGAGGAGUUGACCUAGGAAGGCUCUGCUGCAUAGUUAAAACAUUUCACCCACUCAGUGCCACACUCAUAUGCUUCUGCAUGACUAACUGCUGUCCAACUGAGCUGCUUAGCAUCAGUUCCCAACCACGAGUGCCUGGAGGGGUGACUCAGGGAGCAGCAGACACAUUCUAGGCAAUUCUACCCACAUGGCAGUUUCACACAGGAAGCAUCAAUCAUGAUGCAGACAAUCACUUGGUGAUGGGUGGGUGUGGCUCAGGCAGUCUGCCCCAACACACCAAUGCACUCACUACAAACAUAAUGCACACACUCAUGUUUUCUGUGCUUCACAGAUAAAUAAUAUACAUAUACAUACUUGAUGACAUAUCAAGAUAAUAAAAUACAAUGAUUUCCUUAAAACAUUCUCGGUGAGGAGGAAUUCCUACGCUUUGCACGGCCUCUACAUCACCCGUUUGUGUGAGCACUGCAUUUCUCGGCAGUGACUCGACUCCUUGUACUGCAUCCUGUGUGUGCACUUCAGGGACAGCAAGGCAACGAGGCGCACCCCAACACUGGGCAGCCGGUGCCCGGCCCUCAAGACACAGGUUACCCCAGACACAUGCACCGGAACAUGGAGGCAUACAUGUGAGUGCACACACACACACACACACACACACACACACACACACACACACACACACACACACACACACACACACAGAGCAAGAGCAGCAUCCACACCAGCACACCAACAGAGGACAGCAGGCUACUUACUACCUCCUGGAGGGGCACACAGUGGAGUGCCUCAGCCUCCCCCUCCUUGGAGAUGAAGCUGUCUCCAGUGCCCAGGGAAGAGGACAUGGUGACAGACAACAGCUUAGUGUUCCCAAGUCCUUCCUUGCCAGUGGAAGUCAGCAGGGAGCAGUUACCAGGAGAACUUCGGGGAAGUCCCACCCUCCCCAGCAAGUACGAGACUUGCACCUCCUCUGAAAGACUUGGCCAAGAAGUCAAUUCCAGCACAUCAAGCCAUGAAUUUGUGACAGGGCAGACUGGUGAUAGAGGGAGCAGGUUGCCAAGCUACUACAACGGCUCAAUACAGAUCAUACAUGGGCCUUUCAAAGGUGCAAGGAUCCCCACUCUCAUCUUUGAUUCUCCUCCACAGGAAGACACUCCUCCCCAGCAGCAGGACGGUCCCUUGCAAGACUCAGGCUCAAAGCCAACCUACUCAGACUGGAUACCAGCGAAGUGUCACCUGUCAUUAAAAACCUAACCAGACCUCAGAAGGGUGUCAAAAGGAUAGUAAAGUGUUCCAACAACUUUUCCGCAAAGAAGAGCUCCAAGGUCACUCAGAGGGAGAGAAAGGCCCCCUCCUGGGUGGCUAAGAGGUUCUCCCCAACAGUCACAAGGAGCAGGUCAAGAUUCCUGGGUCAACUGUCUGAUUCAUCGCACAACACUGACCAGAGUCACCUUGAGACUACACAAGACCAAAAUGUCAAGUCUGCGGAGAAGGGACUCAAGCGCAGGAGUGGAAACAAAGGGAACGUAUCAGGGAAGAAGUCCAAGGCGUUGGCAGCACAGAAAACAGAGAGUACUUUAGACACUGAUUAUGACAAGGAGUCCACCAUGGGCUCACUCCCUCCACUGGAAGAGUUGUCAGUUGCAGAGGACACCCAACCACUGAGACAGACAAGGAGGACAAGUGCGAUCUCAAAGGGUGGCAACAGAGGCCUCAGUGACCUGCCACCCCUACCCAAGAGGUCAAUGAGAUUAUCAAGGAAACUAAACCCUGCUGGAAUUUCAGGUACAAAGAGAUCCACAAGGUUGUCCAGUCUAAUUCACAAGUCACAGGAAAGCAACAUCACCAGAAAGUCAAGGAAGGUAGACCAAGAAGAACCAUCCAUGCAGUUUUCUCUCAAACUUCUCUUCCUCUCUAGUCAAGUUCCAACCGAGGGGGAGAAGAAGAAACAACCAGUUCAUUUUCUAUCGUCCAAACUCCUCCCAGAGCACCACCAUCUCCUCAGUCAAUUCCUCAGCUGGAGUGUCCCUCAGCCACCCACCAUUUGACACCCAGCACCCAGACACCUCCCCCAGCAGGCACCUAGCAUUCCAUAGUAGCAGCCAGCACCCAGCAGGAGCAGUGGGGAUGGAGGCCAAAGAAUUGAGUCUUGAGACCUCCAAGCAGACCACAAGGGAAGAGGGUGCAGGUACAGAGUUAGAAAGUACCUGGCUGAGUAGGGUGAGUGGUGGGGGUGGAGAUGAUGAAGCAGGUGCCAGGGAGUGUGUUUUCAAGCAGCCUUUUGUGUUGUUGAGAAAGUUGGAGGAGAGUGACCAGUACAGCAACACCAGUAACAGAAGUGAGAGUGUCCUGCCACCACUGCUGCCCCCACCAGCCAUACCAGCCAAGCCAGGCAAGGGGUGGAGGCGGUCCAUCAUGGAGGCAUACAUGUGAGUGCACACACACACACACACACACACACACACACACACACACACACACACACACACACACACACACACACACACACUCU